AUUGACCGUGGUUGACACCUUUCAAUUGCCGAGAAUUUUCCUCGCACUACUUUUGUUCUCCCUAAAGGAGAGAUGCCAAAGUGGCUUCAACCAGUUGAAGAUGGUUUUGUAUCUUUCAUGGCUUCAAAGGAUUUAUAUGACAAGUUUCUUGGAUUGAUCUUCUGUGGCGUAUGUAACAAUGAAGGCGAUCAUUGCAUACUCUUUCGCCGAUAUUUUAAUGGCAAACGCUACGCUUCCAUCGAAAGGCUCUAUAGAUUGGAUCCAUGUGGCAUCCUCAUAAACUAUUCUGCACCAUCUGACUUAUGGGGAGCAGUCCAUUUUGAUCAAAUUGAUGGGAGUUAUGCACAAUUCAACCUUGAAUUAGAGAGCAAGGGUAAGGACAUGAAAAAGUGGGGAUUUCGAAUAAUAUGCAAGCAAUUAGAGGAUGAUUUAAAAGCUACGCUCCGAGACAAUAAGUUAAUUGAUCCAGUUUUCCUUUACGAGGUUGGUCAUGACUCAACAGAUCUAGAAGUCGAGAGUUCACAUGUGCAUGGAGACAACCCAAUCGAAAUGGAUCAACUAAAUAACUUGCAAGAGAGUUCACAUAUGCUCGAAAACAGACUGAUCGAAUUUGAUCUAGAUUCUCCACCGAGUUCUUACGAGGAUGAUGGAGGGAUAGCAAUGAUGAAUCGUUGGUGGUGUUUUCCUGGACCCUUUCUACCUGGAGACCCGCGCAGUCUGGGGAACAAAAAGUACAAGCUUUACUUGGAUGACGAGGAGGAAAAUAAGAGGUACCUCCUGGAGAAUAUUUUCUCAGGUAUGUGAGACGUUCCAGCCUGGCAAACAAGAAGGCGCUCGAAGGACGACACAUGUCCUCGUGUCAGGCGCCAUUUUGAAAAAAUUUCGGAUUGACUAACUUCCG